AUGGCCCAGUCCAUGUACAACCUGGGUAAGGGGCCCAAUGUCGAAAACCUCCUCGGCUACAUGACAAUCGCAGACAACGACGAGGGCGUUUCAACGGCAGGGAACUUAGCUCAGGUUAACCAACAGACAAAGAACGUUAUCCCCUGCGCCGGUACCUGCUCGCUUUACCGUGUUUCGUUCCGACGCCUAAUGCUCCUGUGCGCUGUUCCAAAGAUGGAGCCGUGCGGGGGCGGUGCUGGUGGUGCUACUACUAAGGCGCCGUGUGGUACACACGCUGGGAGAUACGCCCGCGAGGAAACCGGGAAUGUCCGUCCGGGGUCGGCUCGGGUGGGGCGCAUCGAGCGCAUGGUUCCCGCCGAUCUUGUGGGAUCGGGGUAA